CAACAGAAAACAAAUUCCAGGGGAGAGAAAGAGAAAGAUGGAGGACGAGCAGGCGAAGUAGGGAUAGAUAGAGAUAGAGAUACAGAGAGGGAGGGUUGGCUGCUGUGCUGACUGCUCCGUCGUUUCAACUUCCGAAUUCCGAUUGCUCGCUGUUGAUUUUGUCUACUGUUUCCGAUUGCCGGAGCUUCAGUUCGAGUUGAGCGAGUGAAGUCUUAGAGUUGUUUCACCGGAGGCAAUCGUUAUUCUUCUUCUUCUUCUUCUGGCUUUUUACUCGCUCGGCGCGAGUUCGAGGUGGAUCUGUGAAUUGGCUGUGGAAUUCUAGCGGAUAAUCAUCGGCUCCAUCGCUUUGGCCGCGUCGGAGUCAGUACAGUCGCACUCGGCAAAAGGUUGCUUGCUCACGUUGUUUUUUUAACUGGUUAGUGCUGUUCAGCUCAGUGGCACCAUGGGGGUCUCUGGAAAAUGGCUUAAAGCAUUGGUUGGAAUGAAGAAGUCAGAUAAGCCACAGUCCUCAGAGAAAGUGGAAAAUAGAACACUUUCUAGCAAGUCUCGCCAUAGAAGAAAGAAUUCAGUGGAGAUUGGUGCGGACCUAUUUCAACAGGAGCUAAAUCACAAUGUUGCAGCAGUGAUUGGUGACUCUGUUCCAGAAGCUUCAGGAUCUCCUGCUACCUCAAGUCAGCUACAGGAUGUGAACCAUAAUCAACAGAGAUUACAUGACGAAUGGGCUGCCACUCGCAUUCAAACAGCUUUCCGAGGAUUUCUGGCUAGAAGAGCACUGCGUGCUUUAAAAGGGCUAGUGAGACUACAAGCCCUUGUUAGAGGCCAUGCUGUAAGAAAGCAAGCUGCCAUAACUCUUCGCUGCAUGCAAGCUUUGGUAAGGGUUCAGGCUCGUGUAAGGGCAAGGCGUGUUCGUUUGGCAUUAGAGAAUCAAACAUCUCAACAAAAACUUCAGCAACAAAUAGCAGAUGAGGCACGAGUUCGAGAAAUAGAAGAUGGGUGGUGUGACAGUAUAGGUUCUGUUGAACAAAUUCAAGCAAAGCUACUGAAGAGACAAGAGGCUGCAGCUAAGCGUGAGAGAGCUAUUGCAUAUGCUAUUUCUCACCAGUGGCAGGCGGGUUCCAGACAGCAGGCUAUCCCCUCCGGGUUUGUUCCAGACAAGAGCAGUUGGGGUUGGAACUGGCUGGAGAGAUGGAUGGCUGUCCGUCCAUGGGAGAAUCGGUUUCUCGACAUUAAUCUCAAGGACGGAGUGAUGAUCCACGAGAACGAAGAGGACGACAAAUAUGGAUCCAAACCUCAGCCGAAACCUACAGGCAAGAAGCCAGCUGCACAGGCAAUCAUUUCAACUCAGAAAACUGGCCCUUCUCAUUCCAAUGGCAGCAGCUCUCCACCUACAAGCAAACCGGCAGGCUUACUCGAAGCUCCAUCCAACUCACAUUUCACUAAGCCGAAGCCUAAGCCAAAGCAAGUUGCCGGGCUAAUAACCGAAGAAGCCAGCUCUCGACCCGGUGGCAUCGCCCAGAGAUCUCACAGCAACCCGAAAGAGAGAGCCGCUCAACCUGAUAAACCCAUGAAGAAGAGGCUGUCUCUUCCUAAUAAAGGGGGAGAAUCUGGAAAUGCCGAGGCAGCCAGGCAAGGCAGGCUGGCGAAAGGCUCAUCGCCUGCAACGUCUAGGAAGCCAAUGAAGAUGAGCGCGAAAGCGGACUCAAACACCACCAAGACAACCGUCGCUGUUGCACCAUCAGCAGUUGAAGUUUAGAAGGCUGAAGUUAGCUGGGAUGGUGGUGUUCCCAAGUCAGUUGUGUCACGCAUAAGUUCUGUACAUAAUAUAUAUGUAAUUGAUAUAGGGCGUCUUGGAGAAGAUGCCGUCAGAGUCAUUCCCACUCAGGGCGAGUUUCAGGUUUUAUUGGCGUGGCGAGAUGGAGAAUAAUAAUGAAAAAAUGAUGACGAAAUUCUUCGGCAGGCUGGGGAAGGGAAUCUUCAGCCGAGCGCGUCGAUGCAGUAAAGAUAAUAGAGAUGAGGUAGAUGAAUGAACGCGAUAGAUCUCUGGUCUGGACCAUGAUGGCGGAAGUUGCAGAGUCGCAGUCUGGCAGAACACAGCUGUCCUGGCUGGAGCCAGGUGCGUUGUCACUGAGCCAGUGAGCGAGAGAGCGACUCCAACAACCAAAUGUCUUCAUGAAAUCGUACCAGAGCCGCGCACCGACAAAAUAAGCGAUAGGGUAUUUUAUGGUAAAAUUGUGUUUUAACAGUAGUUCAACCGUAGUACUGUUAAAUACCG